AUGGCGGCUUCCCCGCCGCCCUGGGCCUCCCUGGACCCCACUCUCAGGCCGUGCGCGCACCCCUGUCCCCGCCCGCAGCCGGCCCCAGACGCCAGCCCCAUGAAGCGCUCCAUCUCCACUCUGGCGCCCCAGCGUCCCCCCGUGGCUCGUUUGUGCAACGCCGCCCUGGACCGCGCUCCGGCCAGCCAGGCCGCCCCCCACCAUCACCACCGCUGCCAUCGCCGCAGGGACAGGAAGCCGAGGUCCCUGGAGAAGGGGCCCAGCCUGUCCGCAGACAUAGAUGGCGCACCCAACAGCGCCGCGGGGCCAGGGCCGCCCCCGGGGGACGGGCCAGCAGGCUGCCGGCGGGAGCGCAGGCAGGAGCGGGGCCGGUCCCAGGAGCGAAGGCAGCCCUCCGCCUCCUCCGAGAAGCAGCGCUUCUACUCCUGCGACCGCUUUGGGGGCCGUGAGCCGCCACAGCCCCAGCCCUCCCUCAGCAGUCACCCCGCGUCGCCAACCGCUGGGCAGGAGCCAGGACCCCCGAGACAGGGCAGUGCUUCAGCGAACGGGAGCCCCCUGCUGCCAACAUCUGGUGCUAGCACCCCUGGCCACGGCGGGCGGAGGCAGCUGCCCCAGACCCCGCUGACGCUCCGUCCCAGCGUCGCCUAUAAGACGGCCAACUCCUCGCCCGUCCACUUUGCUGGGGCUCAGACCAGCCUCCCUGCCUUCUCCCCCGGCCGGCUUAGCCGUGGCCUUUCAGAACACAACGCCCUGCUCCAGAGAGACCCCUCAGCCAGCCCCUGGCCGCCAGCUCUCGGAUCGGCUCCGACCCGUACCUGGGGCGGCGUCUGGACAGCGAGGCUGCUGCCCGCACCCAACCUGAGGACACGCUCACCUUCGAGGAGGCCGUGGCCACCAACUCGGGCCGCUCGUCCCGGACUUCCUACGUGUCCUCCCUGACCUCCCAGUCGCACCCCCUCCGCCGGGUGCCCAACGGCUACCACUGCACUCUGGGGCUCAGCUCUGGCGGGGCCGGCCGGGGGCGGCGCAGCUACCACCACCCCGACCAAGACCACUGGUGCUAGCCGCACCGCGACCGGCGGGCGCGUCCCAGGUGAUGAGUUUUAUCAUCCGCGCUGGGCUCCGGGGGCGCUCGGGCGCUGAGGCGGGGGCCGCAGCCCCGGGAGGACCGCCUCGCCCCUGCGUCUCCUCCCUCGCGCUGGGUGGAGCGGUUUGUAGAGGGAUGUGGCUCCCCCUCUCCCCCUCCCGCGCUGCCUCCCUGGGUCUCACAGCUCAGAGCCUACACAGGACGCGGCUGUGUGUGCUGAGCGGCACUGGGUGGAGGACCCAGCAUCCGAGGUGUGUGCUGGGAACGUUUUGCAGGAGGUCUGAAUCUUGUGAGGAUCAUCCUUCAUGCAAACGUGUGGUGCAGAGGGGCGGGCGAGACCUCAGGACAGAGUCGGUGGUAAACCGAGCAGGUCUCGUCAGUCCCCGCACACCAACAGUCCGGUGGCGCCCUUCGUACCUAAAAUGGCAAAUAGGCACUAGAAACACACGCCGAUGCUCUGUCCUCUCCCAGACACAGUCAGCCCUGACAGGGACCAAAUCUGGACAACGUUCUUGCUGUUGGUUUUGAUUUUUAGUCACGACACCCUUCACUCGUUUGUUGACUCUAUAUACUUGAUCAGAAAAUAAAAAUAAAAAACCAGAAUAAUGGGGAAGGGAAUGUUAACAUGACUGUAAAACAUGAAACCUAUAGGAGGACCUCAGCCUCUCAGGAUGUGUGUUCUCGGCUUGCUGGAGGACAUGCUCUGUGUCCAGUCCAGGCGGCCGACCAGACCACCCCGGCUCCCGCGGCUCUCGACCAAGUGCCUGACCUCCUAGCCCCUCGCGCGGGCCCCCGGGGGCGGGACGGGAGGCCUGUGUGGACUGCGAGUGGGCUUUGUGGAAACUGUUGCAAACAGCAACUGAGUAGAAAGCGGAUGUAAUGGAGAACGUGCAGAAAACAUGCAGUAGGUCCGUCGUAGUUGGAAUGAAGCGGCCGUUUGCCCUUUUUCCUCGAACCAGUAGAGGCUGCAGGGCACGUGUAGCAUGGCCCGCGCGGGCCGGCCAGUCUUUCUACACCCGAUUCUCAGGGACGGGGUGCCUGACAGGCAGGGCGCAAUCUCUGUAGCUGUGCAAGUUUCUUUUCACAGAAGACGCAUC